GGCGCAGGAGGGCAGCCCGGAGGUGCAAUAAUGCGCGAUAACCGCGCGACGCGAGAGCUCUGCUCCCUAGACCCGUGCCGGAGCCUCGUGCCGAGCAACUGCGGGCCACCGCGAUGGUGCCCCAGGAUCAGAUGUGGCUGCUCCCUGGGCGUCGCGGUGGCGCUUGCCUUCGCGGCCGGCAUCGGCACGCUUUGGUCGCUCCGCGACUCGUACUACGAGCUCCGGCGCGACCCUUACCACGUGCUCCAAACGGUCAAGCUCAAGGCGCUCAAAGUCGACUGCGCCGAGCUCGAGCUCGGCGCGGACGCGGACGCCGAGCUCGGCGACGAUCCCCUAAAGCGGAGAACGAUCGACUGGCGCCCUUACCUCGCCGACCCCGGUCGGGCUUCGAAUGUGACGCUGUCGCUGCUGCUCGACACGUUCGGGCCGGGCAAGCUAACGGCGCAGGAGUUCUGGGACAACCACUGCCCGGAGUCCCUGCUGCGGAAGUUCUUCGUCGAGAAGAAGCCCGAAAACCUGCGGAGCGACCGCUGCGCCUUUGGCGGCGACGCCGCGCUCGCGACCGAUCCACUCGCGUGCGCGGGCGGCUUUUACGAAAAGCGGGAGCGGCGCAACGUCACGUGGAACGAGUCAACGGGCGCGUCGGCACUGGCGGAUACCGCGACGGAGUUCGGCCUCGUGCGCAAGCUCUUGCCCGAGGCGCUCCAAAACCUCUCGCUCCCUGGGAACGCCUCAGCAGACGUCCACAACGUGUCGGCGUGGGCAGUAUCGACCGCGGCGGCGCCACCGGGCUACUUCGCCCCCGAGUUCCAAACCUGUUUGAUCCGCUGCGCCCGCGGCGGCUUCUGCCCGAGUUCGUCAACUUCCGUCGAUUACGGUCAACUUCCGUCCUGGGCUAGCGGACUCUGUCUCUUCCCCUGGGGCCUCGGCGGAAGCUGGCCGAUGUCUGCGCCGCCGUCGCGCGGACUUUGCCCCGGCUCGUCGUCGCUCCACCUCUGCCCCGCGAAGUUUUACUGUCCCCAGCCAACCGUCAUGCACGAAUGCCCCGCCGGACACGUCUGCCCGCGAGGGUCGACGCACGCGCAGCGGUGCGCCUGGGGCGCGGUGUGCGCCGCGGCCUCGGACUGGCCGGACUACUCCCGGGCCUGCUGGGUGUUCUUCGCCUGCGUCGCCGGCCUCGCGCUGUUCGUCCGCGGCGUCCUCUCCGUCAACCUGCUCGACCGCUUCCCGCGGACGGCGCGCGCGUUGGGCCGCCCGCGCGCGCUGGACCGGCGCAUCGUGAAUGCCGCGCGCGCGCGCUUUGGCCUCGCCGCCGACGCCGGUAGCGACGUGCCGCCGUGGGGCGGAGGGGACUUCGCCGUACACCUGAGGAUCGCGGCGCUCGCGGGGCCGGUGGCCUGGGCACUCGCCGUCGCGUCGCUUUUUGACAACGGCGCGGUCCUCGCAUUCCUCUGCGUCUUCGGCGUCGUUUUGUACGGCGGCUGCGGCCUCUGUCACUUCGACGUUGCCGGCGCGGCUGCACGGGACGACUACCCCGUACUCGUCGUCUGCGGGGUGCCGCGGCGGUCGCACGUCGUGGUCGCGGCCACGGCCGGACCGCUCCUUCUCGUCGCGGUCGUCGCUGUGCUUGUCAGGGAGGGCGACGCGACGUGGACGCUCGUCGUCCUCGCGGCCGCGGCCGCCGCUACUACCGUUUCUUGCGGCGCCGCCGGCCUCCUCACGUUCUACCGAUCGAGCGCCCGGGGGCCGCACGACGACAACGGCGGCAAGCACACGUGCGACUCCGCGUCUGCGAAGGCGCCUUCAUUCCCGCGUCGACGCCAUCGACGCGACGAUUCGACACGUAGGUGCGCCAAGCCCGGGUGCAAGAAGGCGGCCAAGCACACCUGCUCGGUCUGCGAAUCCGUCUACUAUUGUAGCCCGCAGCACCAACUGGACCACUGGCCCGCGCACAAGCAGGAGUGCAGCGCGGCUACCAGGGCCGCCCCCAACCCGCCUCCGCACGACGACGACUUGGGUGACGACGACUCGGCGUCGAAUGCGGACGUGGACGAAUCGGCAUCGCCUUCGGCACUAAACCGGUGCCUCAGCAUUCCCUUCGACGACGUAUCGGUGUCUCCUAGUGAGGUCGCCAUCGACGCCGGCGACGUAGAGAUCCGCAUCGACCUUGCCUUCCAGGACCUAGGCCUCCGGCUCCGGUCCGACGGACGAACCGUGCUCUCGAAUGCCACCGGCGCCAUCGACUCGGGCUGCGUGACGGCGAUCAUGGGCCCCAGCGGCGCGGGCAAGACGACGCUCAUGAACGUGCUCGCCGGGCGGGCGGGCGGGUACGGCGUCGUCGAGGGCACCAUGUCCGUGCUCGUGAACGGCGAGCAUCGGAGCUCGAGCCUGGACCGGUGGUCGACGCUGAGCGCUUUCGUGCCCCAAGAUGACGUCAUGUUGCCCGAGCUGACGGUCCGGCAGACCAUCGCAUUCUAUGCCUCGAUCCGCGCCCCGAGGGCCGUGUCGAAGGCGCAGCUCGACAACAAGGUCUGCGCCGCGCUGCGAACGGUGCGGCUCCGGCCGACGGUCUGGGACUCCACGAUCGGCGACGCCGAGAUGAGAGGCAUCUCCGGGGGUCAGAAGAAGAGAGUGAAUGUGGCGAUGGAAAUCGUGAGCGACCCCUCGCUGUUGUUCCUUGACGAGCCGACUAGUGGGCUGGACUCGACGACGUCGAGGCACAUCGUCGAGGCGCUCAACGCCCAGGCGAGGCGCGGCGUCAACGUCGUCGUCGUGCUGCACCAGCCGAGCUUCCCGAUCUUCCGCAGUUUCACGCACGUGUUACUGCUGGGCGUCGGCGGCCGGGUGGUCUACCACGGCGGGCCCGAGGCCGCCGAGGCGUACUUCUGCGGCGACCUGGGUUACGAGCUCCCGCCGUACGCGAAUCCCGCGGACUUCUACCUGGAACUCAUUUCGGGGGGCGCCGCGGUUGUCGUCCCAGAUCGCCGCCGCGCGGCGGCACCCUCCAGCGAGGCCCCGGCGGCAAGCGGGCGGGCGCCGGCGGCCAGCGUGCCCGGCGUCACGCCCCGCGCGGCCGCGUCGCAGCACCUCGCGGGCGAGUGGGGCCAGCGGCGGGGCGUGAGCCACCCGCCGAUCCUGCGAAGCAAGAGCGUCGACGAUGGCCCGGUGGCCCCCGCGGCCCGGGGCUGGCUAGCCAUGGUCGCGCUCUUCGCGCACCGGGCGCUGCUGCAGGAGGCGGCGAAGCCGGGCACGCUCGCAUUCGACGUGUCCUUGAUGGCGGCGGCCGGCUUUGUCUUUGGGGCCCAAUCGGAGAAGGUCGAGCCGCACUCGCUCUCGAUGAUGGUGCUCUGGUUGGGCAUCGGGCUGCAACUGGUCGUCGCCGUGUCAUCGUUGAGGGUGUUCUCGCCCGAACGGGUCGUCUUCUGGCGCGAGUGCGCGCGUGGGUCGGGUAUGGCUUUGUCUCCGUCGGCCUACUUCCUGGGGAAGGACCUCGUGCAACUGCCGCGGCUCGCGCUGAUGGUACUGGCCUUCGGGGUGCCGUUCUACGCGCAGGCCAGGCCGACGCCGUCGCUCUCGUACUACUUUCUGGUGUUUUACCUGCUCGCCUACGCCGUAAGCGGCUACGCCUACGUGGCGUCCAUGCUGUGCUCGCUCAAGGACGCCCAAUUGCUCAUCGUCGUCACCGUGCUCGUACUGACGAUGCUCGCCCCGCCCGCCGAGACGCUCUACGCGGCGGACAAGAGCAGCGCCACCCGAGUCCUGGCCUGGCUCGCGCCCGUGCGCUGGGCCGGCGAGGCCCUCUUCACCGCGCAGACGCGGCGGCUGUCGCACGCGUGGAAGAUGCCGCCGCUGUUCUACGCAAAACCAUGGAAACACUCCGCGCUCUACAUCCUCUACCGAUUCCCGUUUCACGAGGGCUGGCUCCGGGACGUGGUCCCGCGCAGUGCGCAAAUCAAAUUUCACGUCGUGACGUCGACUCGACGGCGUGGCGUACGCAGGUUUCGCGGGAGAAGGACGGCGGCGUCUGCGUCAUCAACGGUCGGUGGCUCUCGAGCGACGCGCUCAAUCUGCCGAUCCUGCUGAGUCUGGGGAUGCUCGGCCGGGUCGUCGCGCUCGCACUGCUCACAUUCUCGAAUCGCGGCGCGCGCGGCGAGGCGCCCCUCUGGGUACACGCGGCCGACGCGUGCGAGAAGCGGUGGCCGCGAAGCCGCGCUGCGACUAAAACGGCGCGGUGGGUCCAGCGGGCUCCCUCGCUAAAUGUAGUCGCGGAGGAGGUGGCAGCUUGAUCACGUCCGUUCUUUUUCACAUGGACGCUUCUAUGCGUCUCCGAGUCCUCUAGAUAACUCGUUAAAUUUCCUGGUCCGACUGUGACCGACUCUGUUCCCGCAACCCACUCCCUCGCGACGGCGUGCAGGGGCCACGAAAUCAGAUACAACCCUUACCCACACGUCGGCCACGACCUCCGUCUGGAGCCCCUUCACCGACGCGACCUCGACGUGCUGCACGAGCGUGUAGAGCUUCUCCGACGCCUCCUCGUCCUCGUUGCGCUUCCGGCUCGGCCGCACGCAAGGUUUAGACCAGCGGCUCCCAAUUCUCAAUUCAAUUCCCCUCAAGCUCAU